CAAACUUGCAGUCCAGCCCGAGGGCGCGUGCGCGCGGCGGGGGUGGUCGGGCCCAGCUCCAGUUUAGAAGGUGCGUGCGGGGCUGGGUCCCGGAGUGGGAGACUUGGAGUGCAGUCUCUCCACGUUAUCAUGGUACUCUCUGUGGUGGCAGCCACCCCACAUCACGAUCUCCAUAUUGUCUUCACUUCUGCCACAUCACUACACCUGAGGGAGAAGCUCAUCAGCCAUCACAAACCUUGCUCAUGCAAUGCAUGUCCGCGAUACAAAAACUCACAAGUUUGGAGACCCUGACACACCCACUUUCCCACCUGCGCUCUGCGUGCCCCCCGGCUGCCUGGCAAGAUGAAGCCUAAGCUGAUGUAUCAGGAGCUGAAGGUGCCUGCUGAGGAGCCCACCAGUGAGCUGCCCAUGAAUGAGAUUGAGGCAUGGAAGGCUGCUGAGAAGAAAGCCCGCUGGGUCCUGCUGGUCCUUAUCCUGGCCGUUGUGGGUUUUGGUGCCCUGAUGACUCAGCUGUUCUUAUGGGAAUACAGCGACUUGCAUCUCUUUGGGCCCAACCAGCGCCCAGCCCCCUGCUAUGACCCCUGCGAAGCAGUGCUGGUGGAGAGCAUCCCCGAGGGCCUGGACUUCCCCAAUGCCUCCACUGGCAACCCAUCCACCAGCCAGGCUUGGCUGGGCCUGCUCGCCGGGGCCCACAGCAGCCUGGACAUCGCCUCCUUCUACUGGACCCUCACCAACAAUGACACCCACACUCAGGAGCCCUCUGCCCAGCAGGGCGAGGAGGUCUUUCAGCAGCUCCAGGCCCUGGCGCCUCGAGGUGUAAAGGUCCGCGUUGCUGUCAGCAAGCCCAGCGGGUCCCAGUCCCAGGCAGACCUGCAGGCCCUCCUGCAGAGUGGUGCCCAGGUACGCACGGUGGACAUGCAGAAGCUGACCCAUGGCGUCCUGCACACCAAAUUCUGGGUGGUGGACCAGACCCACUUCUACAUUGGCAGUGCCAACAUGGACUGGCGCUCCCUGACCCAGGUCAAGGAGCUGGGCGUGGUCAUGUAUAACUGCAGCUGCCUAGCUCAAGACCUGACCAAGAUCUUCGAGGCCUACUGGUACCUGGGCCAGGCGGGCAGCUCCAUCCCAUCAACCUGGCCUCGGUCCUAUGACACCCGCUACAAUCAAGAGACACCAAUGGAGAUCUGCCUCAAUGGGACCCCUGCUCUGGCCUACCUGGCAAGUGCGCCCCCACCACUGUGUCCAGUUGGCCGCACCCCAGACUUGAAGGCUCUGCUCAACGUAGUGGACAACGCCCGGAGUUUCAUCUACAUCGCAGUCAUGAACUACCUGCCCACAAUGGAGUUCUCCCACCCGCGCAGGUUCUGGCCUGCCAUUGACGACGGGCUGCGGCGGGCUGCCUACGAGCGGGGUGUCAAAGUGCGCCUGCUGGUCAGCUGCUGGGGACACUCGGAGCCAUCCAUGCGGGCCUUCCUGCUCUCCCUGGCUGCCCUGCGUGACAACCACUCCCACUCUGACAUCCAGGUGAAACUCUUUGUGGUCCCUGCGGACGAGGCCCAGGCCCGAAUCCCAUAUGCCCGAGUCAACCACAACAAGUAUAUGGUGACUGAACGUGCCACCUACAUCGGAACCUCCAACUGGUCCGGCAGCUACUUCACAGAGACAACAGGCACCUCACUGCUGGUGACACAGAAUGGGCGGGGUGGCCUGCGGAGCCAGCUGGAAGCCGUUUUCCUGAGAGACUGGGACUCCCCUUACAGCCAUGACCUUGACACCUCAGCUGACAGCGUGGGCAAUGCCUGUCGCCUGCUCUGAGGCCCUUAAGGCCCCCACAGACCCAGAUACUCGGGGUCAUGGUCCCUGUCCCCAUGCCCCUGCUUCUCUCCGUCCCAUUGUGGCUCCAUAGACCCCCUCGCUCUCCCACCUCUACCUCCGCCCCUGCCAGCCUGACCCUGUGGCCCCUGGGGCCCAGUCGAGCUGGGGGAGGAAUCAGCCCCAGAAGAAGUGGGGGUGCAUGCUGGGCCUGUCCCCUGGCCCGCCCCCUUCCCAGGGCAAAGAGGGCCCAAGGUUAUAAGGAAAAGUAAAUAACUUGUCUGUACAGCCUCUGCCUGACU